CGGCUAGGAAACAUUCCUUGUUACAAAGGGGGUUUUUUUUAUUCUAUGUUGGGGGAGUGCGUGGUUGGGUUUUUGGAUGAACAAAAGGUGUUCUUUAUAAUAAUAUCAUUAUUAUUAUUUUGGGUUCAUUGUUGGCAUGUGGUCGGGCAUUCCGCAGCUGGUUGAUUUUUUUUUUUUCUAAAGUAGUAAUUCAGUUUUUCCUUUGUGUUAUUUUCCGUUUGGAUUUGCCGUAUUGGGAUUGGGAUUUUGGUAAGUCCCGCUCUCUCUCUCUCGCUUCUUUUUUAUAUAAAGAGUAGAGUUGGGGGGUUUUUCUCCCUACUCUUGUUUUCUGUUUGGCCGUCCAACGCUAGUGUCGCUGCCUUCCCUUGUCUACCUACCACACACACACACACACACACGCACGCACACACGCACACACACACACACACACACACACACAAGUUUUCGAUAUUGGAUAACCCGUUCGUGACGGGGCUUGUAUUUGAACAAGGAACGAUAAAGUGUACCGUCUGUCACGACUACCAUGGCGAUUCGGGAUACUGUUCAACUGGGGAUACAUCCUCGGGGCCGCCCUUUACGGAUUCUAGUUGCAACAGAGUACCUACCUCCAUAUGUCUCUGGUAUUGCGAAUCGAUUCAAGAACCUUGUCAAGGGAUAUCGAGAGGAAGGGCAUGAGGUGACGGUUGCGUCGGUGGCGGGGACAGCGUGUGAUCUUGUUGUGCCGAGUGUUCCCAACUUUUUUUAUCCGGCGCAGAGAAUGUUUUUUUUCCCUCCCCUCUUACUUCUCUGGCAACUUUGUAAUCCGUUCCGUCCAGUCCCUUACGACAUUGUCCAUCUCGUCUCACCACUUUGCCUCCCGUUGGUCCCACUCACCCCCCUCUUCAAGCUCCGAGGUGUCAAGAUUUACGUCUCUUACCACGUUUACAUGGAAUUCUACAAAAAAGCAUACUUUUACAACAAGACAUGGCUCCAUAAACUUGUCGGGGAUGUCAUUGAAAAGAUUUAUACAUGGAUUUAUUUUGUUCCGUUAGUUUAUUUGGCGGAUUUGGUGGGUGUUCCAUCUCGCACGGCGGAUUCAGUUGUGUAUCGUUUUGCCAAGCGGAUUCAUUUUAUGAAGAGUGGAUUGGAUACCAAGGUGUUUGUGCCAAAGGAGGAAGGGACUAUGGAUGGAUUGCUGAGCGGUGCAUUGGUGAGGGAAGUUGGGAAAGAGAACGGGUUUCGAAAGAGUACUGGAUCGAGAGUCAAGGAUGUUGAAGAGUUUUUGCCUCCGUAUUCGGCAGAGGAUGAGGAAGUGGUUGAAGCAGCAGCGAUACCAUCUCCAUCACCAUCGGGAUCGAAUGGACCGAUAUUGGUUUACGUUGGCCGGUUGGCUCCCGAAAAGAAUGUUCAGUUUCUCAUUCGUGCCUUGGCGCAUCCGACUCUCCAAACCGCGUCCCUCGUCAUCGUAGGCGAUGGACCCUCUCGAUGGCAAUUAGAACAACUCGCACAGAGCACAGUCGGUGAAUCACAUGUAUACUCGAAUCCCCCUCCUGCGAGUACUCGGAGGGAUCCGUACAGUGCUCUCUCGCUCGCACCGGCUAUGGCAGCCAGCACCGCCAUACAUCGCGUCAUUUUCACAGGGAUGGUCCUCUCCGAACGUGAGAUUGCUCAGUACUAUGCCCAUGCGGAUAUCUUUGUCUCUGCAUCAGCGUCAGAAACGUUUGGAUUCACGGUUGCGGAGGCUCUGGCGUGCGGAACACCUGCCGUGGUGGUUCGGAGUGGUGCCUUUGCGACAGUGUACAAGUGUAUUAAUCAGUGGAUGUUUGAUGAGGAUGAAGUUACGGAUUUUGUUGACAAAGUCGUGACAUGUUUUGAGCAAGGUGUGGAAGCGAGACGCAUGUCGAGAAAGCUGGCUGUUGGCAUGUUUGGGGUUCGGUUGGCUGUUGGGGAUUUGUUGGGUGCUUAUGAUAAGAUUGUGAAUGGAGAAAGCGAAGGCACGAGUCAAGUUUGCAUACAAUAAAGGAAAAACAUGGUCCGAGAAGGGGGUCCGUGGGCUCUACGAAAACACUUUUUGAACAAACCAAUUUAGUCUUUUACAUUUUACAAGUUUUCAUUUGUUGUCCAACUUUUUUUUUUUUUUUAUAUAACUUGUAUUAGUUUUAUUUCACCUAAUUUCAAAUAUACUAAUACCCUAUGG